AUGAUUUUGCCAAAUUAUGAAGCCAUCACUCUAUUUUGCAGAAGAGCACGUGUACUCUGCCUUUAUGUUUUCCUGAAAGUGCUGAUUGGUCUAGCUGGAAUGAUUGGAGCUCGUGUUCAAGCAGGUGUGGUGGCAUUACUGGACAUCAGAUCAGAAGAAGAAUUUGUUCUAACUCAGUACAUUCUAGUUUAUGCUGCACUGGUUCCUCUUUUGAUCAACAGUUUUGUGUAUCAGGAAGGGCCUUCAUUGGCACAUCAAUUAAUAGAAAGUGAAAGCGGUCAUCAGUUCCGAAUAAGGUAA